AGGGUUUGGAGAUGAGAGGUCCUCUCCGGGAGCCCUGUUCCCUCACCCUAGCCCAAAGGAACGGACAAUACGAGUUAAUAAUCCAGUCUCAGGACAAGGAACAGCACAUUCAAGAUACCAUUCCUAUAAAUAGCCACUUCAGAUGUGUUCAAGAAGCAGAAGAAACACUUUUAAUUGACAUUGCUUCGAACAGUGGUUGCAAAAUUCGGGUUCAGGGGGACCGGAUCAGAGAGCGCCGCUUUGAAAUCCCUGAUGAGGAGCACUGUUUGAAAUUCCUCACUGAUGUCCUUGCUGCUCAGGAAGCUCAGUCACAAAUUCUUGUUCCAGAGCAAAAGGAUUCCUCAAGCUGGUACCAGAAAUUAGACAGUAUGGACAAACCUUCUGAUUUGUCAGGACUUCUUGGAUUUGAGGACAAUUUCUCAUCAAUGAAUUUGGACAAGAAGAUAAAUCCGCAAAAUCAGCCUGCAGGUAUUCAUCGGGACCCUCCACCCCCACCACUUUCAGUGAAUAAAAUGCUUCCACGUGAAAAAGAAACUUCAAGCAAGGAACAACCCAAAGUGACAAACACUAUGCGAAAGCUGUUUGUACCAAAUACUCAGUCUGGGCAACGAGAGGGCCUCAUUAAACACAUCCUGGCAAAGCGAGAGAAAGAAUAUGUCAACAUUCAGACUUUCAGAUUCUUCAUUGGAACUUGGAAUGUGAAUGGCCAGUCUCCAGAUAGUGGAUUAGAACCUUGGCUAAAUUGUGAUCCAAAUCCUCCUGAUAUCUACUGCAUUGGAUUCCAAGAAUUAGACUUGAGCACAGAAGCCUUUUUCUAUUUUGAAUCUGUGAAAGAGCAAGAAUGGUCAAUGGCUGUGGAGAGGAGUUUGCCUUCUAAAGUCAAGUAUAAGAAAGUUCAACUAGUCCGCCUUGUUGGGAUGAUGCUUCUUAUUUUUGCCAAAAAGGAUCAGUGUCGAAAUAUCCGAGAUGUUGCUACAGAAACAGUUGGAACUGGAAUUAUGGGGAAAAUGGGAAACAAAGGUGGGGUGGCUGUGAGAUUUGUAUUUCAUAACACUACUUUCUGCAUUGUUAACUCCCACCUGGCUGCCCAUGUGGAAGACUUUGAGAGACGGAAUCAAGAUUAUAAAGACAUCUGUGCAAGAAUGAGUUUUGUGGUCCCCAACCACACCCUCCCACAACUGAACAUCAUGAAACAUGAUGUUGUCAUUUGGUUGGGAGAUUUGAACUACAGACUUUGCAUGCCAGACGCCAAUGAGGUAAAAAGUCUUAUUCAUAAGAAUGACCUUCAAAGACUAUUGAAAUUUGACCAGCUAAAUAUUCAGCGCACACAGAAAAAAGCUUUUGUUGACUUUAAUGAAGGUGAAAUCAAGUUUAUCCCCACCUAUAAGUAUGACUCUAAAACUGAUCGAUGGGACUCCAGUGGUAAGUGUCGGGUCCCAGCGUGGUGUGACCGAAUUUUGUGGAGAGGAACAAAUAUUAAUCAGCUUCAUUAUCGGAGUCACAUGGAACUGAAAACUAGUGACCACAAGCCCGUCAGUGCUCUCUUCCAUAUUGGGGUGAAGGUUGUGGAUGAACGGAGAUAUCGGAAAGUCUUUGAAGAUAUUGUACGAAUCAUGGACAGAAUGGAAAAUGACUUCCUUCCUUCUUUAGAGCUCAGCAGGAGGGAGUUUGUGUUUGAGAAUGUGAAGUUUCGACAGCUACAUAAGGAGAAGUUCCAGAUCAGCAACAAUGGACAGGUUCCCUGCCAUUUUUCUUUCAUCCCUAAGCUUAAUGACAGCCAGUACUGCAAGCCAUGGCUUCGGGCUGAACCUUUUGAGGGCUACUUGGAGCCAAAUGAGACAGUGGACAUUUCUCUUGAUGUAUAUGUCAGCAAGGACUCCGUGACCAUUUUGAACUCAGGGGAAGAUAAGAUUGAAGAUAUUCUUGUACUUCAUCUGGAUCGAGGCAAAGAUUACUUCUUGACCAUCAGUGGAAAUUACCUCCCAAGUUGUUUUGGCACAUCUUUAGAGGCUUUGUGCCGAAUGAAAAGACCAAUCCGAGAAGUUCCUGUCACCAAACUCAUAGACUUGGAAGAAGACAGCUUCCUAGAAAAGGAGAAAUCCCUUCUUCAAAUGGUUCCCUUGGAUGAAGGUUCCAGUGAGAGACCCCUUCAGGUCCCCAAGGAGAUCUGGCUUCUAGUAGAUCACUUAUUCAGAUGUGCCUGUCAACAGGAGGACCUGUUCCAAACCCCUGGAAUGCAGGAAGAGUUACAGCAGAUCAUUGAUUGUCUAGAUACCAGCAUUCCAGAGAUAAUCCCUGGCAGUAAUCACUCUGUAGCUGAAGCAUUGCUCAUUUUCCUGGAAGCCCUGCCAGAGCCGGUCAUCUGCUAUGAGCUGUAUCAGCGAUGUCUUGAUUCUGCUCAUGAGCCUCGGAUUUGCAGACAGAUAAUUUCCCAGCUUCCAAGAUGUCAUAGAAAUGUUUUCCGUUACUUGAUGGCAUUCCUUCGGGAACUCUUAAAAUUCUCUGAAUACAACAACGUCAACGCCAAUAUGAUCGCUACUCUUUUCACUAGUCUUCUCCUAAGGCCUCCACCAAACCUCCUAUCAAGACAGACUACAAGUGACCGCCAGCGAGCCAUCCAGUUCCUUCUGGUCUUUCUGCUUGGGAGUGAUGAAGAUUAAGUGUUUUCCUGCCCAAGAGUCUAGAGGAGGAAGAUCUUGGGGGUCCAAGAAUUUCAGAAUGGUUUGAAAAGUUAUACCAUAGGAAGGGUCCUUUGCAGAAUCUCGUUUGGUUAAUAAUGCAGAAGGAAGUUUCCUAAUCUCUCCUUUACCAUAUCGUACAGAGCAAAAUACUUCUAGAUAUAUAUAUUGCCAAGCCAAAGUUAUCAUAUUUUGAUGUUUCUGUGUUUUUUUUCUUUGUAAGGCAAAGAGGUCUGUAUUUACACUCCUUUACCCAGGGAUGUGUUUGUUGCCCUCCCACCCAAUUGUCAUGAUUGUUCUUGGUACCCUAGGCCUAGAUUCUGAUGUAUUUCCAUUCUAGGCCUAUAGGCACUACUUGCUAUAGCUCAGAUUUGUCUGUAGUCCUUUGUUCAAUGCACUUUUGACCCACUCCUCUCCAUAUCACUCCUUUGCACUCCCCUCCACUCAUUCUAUCACCUUGAAGGAAGCUAGUGACUCCUUCGGUGUUCUCAAUGGUUAUUAGAUCAUUUUCUACAUGUGGCCAUUACAUAUAUUUGUGUAUUUGUACUACAGUGAUCUCUAUGUGUCACUGUAACAUUGGCCUUUUUGUGAAUCCACCCUGAAUGCAAUCGUAUUGUCUUGUUUUAGGUCACAUUUAGUAACAUAACUAGGGACUACAGAGAGGGCAUCCCAUGAUUUGUGAGAAUCGCAAUCAGAAGGGAUACACUUUGCAUACUUCAAGAGUGAGUACAUUUAUGCUUCACAGGUCCUGUUUCCUUUCUCUCUUUCCUGCUUAUUAUCCAUAUUUGGUAUAGGGUCCAUCCUGGGUGUCAGGGGACCCAUCUCCCAUUUAGGAUCUACAGUACAGUAUAAGAGAGAGUCUACGCACCUCAGGUCGGCCACUGUGGAACCCCUUCUGCAAUUUUCUGACAUACUCCAGGACAGACAUCACCCCCUCCCUCAGCAGGGCUAACUCUAGACUCUACAUCUGGCCCCAUCAAGACAGGAUUUAAAGACUCGUUGGCACUUGGUCACUAUAUUCAGUGCUGUGUAAAAGAGACUGACUAGUGGGACCUGCCAUGCAUCUUACCUCUCUCACCUUAGAUGACCCUUUAAGCUUUUCAUUUAUUGAAGCUUUGUGGAACAGCCUUUUUAAUUAGUUAAUUUGCUGAAUAACAUACAGGCCUCCAGCCACAGACUGCAAAACUGCCUGAUGAAACUUGUUUCCUCAUUUUUUUAAAACCCACACUAAGUUGAUUCAUUUUUGCCUAUUAACAUUGUAUGCAAGGAGCAUAAUGUCCAGGGUCUGGUGCAAUCUUAGGAAUUUAUUCCAUGACUCCUCUAGUGCAUUCAAGGAGAGACCCAGGGGAACCUGCACCACUGAAUGGUUCUCCAGUUCCCCAUCUCUUGAAAGUUGAGUUCUUUAGCGAAACAGAGGGUAUGUAACCUCCCAUGUACUGGUUAAACUUUUCCCUAAUAGGAGGUAGAGAAAUAUUGAUGCCAAAUAGCUGAAGAUCUGAUAGGUCUGGAGCUAGGUGCACAGUGAACCUUGUAAAUGACAGGCUGAGAACAGAACAGUUCCGCCAUAUCCAGUAGAGCAGAAAGUAAUCUCAGAAAGCAGCAAAUGAUAGGAGCAAGGGUAGGAUUUUAACAGAAAACUGUCAUUCCUAUGCCCAAUUUCUAGUAUCUUGCCAAUCUGAGUUCUUCGUGUGACCAAGGAUGUGGUUAGCAGGGGCACUGUGUGGUAUACAUGCAUCGUCCUUUCUUCCUUCAUCAGGCCAAAGCACGAAAUUGAUGUACUGCCUCAACUUUUCCCAGCUAAUCCUGGGAUAUGGACAAGGUUGAGGGUUUUUGACAAUCCCUAGGUAGGAGACACAACACAUAAGAAAUAUACUUCCCUGCCAUGUUUUUUUCCAGCAUCCCAAUCCCUAAUCCCUAAUUCUUCCAUGGUACUAUUUCAUAAAUUAAGGGUUUCAGAUCCAAGUUAUAGGGCAGGAUUCUGCACCUAUCGUUUUAGGAAGAAAUAGUUUAAAUCCAUGGGGUGAUGUAGCAUUGGUCUUUCUUUCACCAUUUUCUGAUUCUUAAUUUGAAAUUUUUUGUUAUAUUUUCCCCAAAAUGUCUUGGUCACUAAGCAAUGCUGCUAGUGGGAUUCUAUAUUUCAUGUCAUCUUUUUUAAAUUAUAAUUUAUUGCAAUUUUUCUGAAUAAAUAUAUGUUGUGUGAAAAA